AUGUUUGCUCAAAACGUCGCGUCUUUUCAAGACGUUUCGCCGUCUCGAAACGACUCGACGGACGCCCGUGACGUCAUGCGGAAUUUUGAGCGUGUAUUGACUGAAGCAAUGGUUUCUCCACGUCAUGGAGACACUCGUGGCCCAAGAAAUGCCUUAUUGAACGUUGCAACGAUGCCCAUGAAUGAAGUAAACGCUGCACCGCUUCAUUUAUCACCUCGAGCUGUCCAUCACUCGUCUCUUGCGUUUGUAGACGCACCACCUAUGAAGAAGAAGAAGGAAAAAGAAGAAGAAGAUGAGGAAGAUGGAGAAGUGGAUACAUUACAAUGGAACAAGAGAGAAUCAGAUGGAAAUGAAGAAGGAAAAGUUUCAAUUGGAGGUGGUCACGUGAAAAUGCAUUUGGAAAAGAUGUCAAUGACUAAAGAGCUCGAAGAGAAAGGAGAUGAAACCUUGGAUGAUAGUGAAGGGUGUUUAAUUUGCAUGGAUGAUUUCUCAGCACGACGUAAAGCUUAUCCCCUGCCGUGUACGGGCCAAUGCACGGGUGCAUUUGUGCAUUAUCGAUGCAUUAUGGCGUGGUUGGGACAAUCGGGUAGCUGUCCAUUGUGUCGAGGUGCUUGUGAUCCACUGGUGUUGCAGCCGAUGCAAAAGCUGGAAUUGCAAGAUAUGACUAAGAUGGCAAUACAACCCGUGCCCUUGGAUGCAGGUAUCAUUCGAUGCUACGUGAAACAAGUGUACCGUGGAAUGUUUAAACAAUAUGGCUACGAAUUGUAUCUUCAGGGUCAGAUUGGUACUCAGGAAGAGGAUAAGUUUUUGCUGGCUGCAAGACGUCAGGUGCGCUCAAACAUGACGGCUAAUUACACAAUUUGCACGGAUAAAGAGUGCACAGAUGCCAAACGUAUUGGGCGCAUGGGCUCUAAUUUCCUCGGUACAUGUUUCACACUCUACGACAAUGGCCGGGAUCCACAAAAGCUGGCGAAGAUUCAGGAUGCCGUGAGCUCCGACAAUGUUGUCGUCCAGAACGUGUUUCAGAUCCGUGAAGAGCUGGGUUGCGUAACGUACGAGCCUAAUCGCACGAGUGUGGGUCCUCGGAAGAUGCGUGUGGUGAUUCCUGACGUGGACGAGGAAGGUGGUUCGUCCAAAAUUGUACGACCCAUGAGCCGCCAAGAUCGACUCGUUACUCGUCUUUCCACGGGUGAGAUGAAGGAUUUGAUGCGCUUUUCGAAUCGUGAGCCCGUUUUUCGUGAAGACCUGGGUGCCUAUUGUUUGGACUUUGGUGGACGGGUAUCCAUGGCGUCUGUCAAGAACUUUCAGCUAAUCAGCAGCGAAGAUCCGUCAAUGGGCAACAUAUUGCAAUUUGGUCGUGUAGCCGACGACAUGUUUACGAUGGAUUUCCAGUGGCCGUUAUCUCCGUUUCAAGCAUUUUCCAUUUGUCUCAGUAGUUGUGAUACAAAGUUGGCUUGUGUUUAA